AUGGUCAUUGAACAAAUGAUGUAUAUAUCUCUUGACGCUGAAAUUCGCGCCGACAAUACUACAUCGAUGGUGCAUGUUUUCCGAAUCUUGUUCAUUCCGGUCCAUGUCAAAAUAUUCAAUCGGGUCCCGUUCCUGCUCAACAAUACGGAUAGUUUGACGCUAAAACGGGCCAACCUGUUUGCCUGGACAUUUCCGAAAAAUUUUCCCUCCAGUGAGCUAGUUUAUCACAUCAUCGAACCACCAAAGUUCGGCACUUUGCUGCGUCGUCUUGGGCGAAAUCGCAAUCGGCGAAUUGGCGUUUCCUCAAACUUCACUCAGAAGCACAUUGACGAUGGCGAGAUUAGUUACAAGAUGCAUUUCGUACAGUACUCCGUUAUUAACGAUUUUUUCACCUUUCGGCUGGUAGCGCCAGCAGUUACAUCAGAAGAAAUACGAUUCGAAAUAACGUUUAUCCCAGGACACGGCUCCAUACAGCUCAUCAACCGAACCGUUGUUGUUAACGAAGGCGGCAUCCAAAAGGUGACACAUAGUGCUUAUCAGAGCAAAACUGAUGAUUUUGGACGACAGCGAAGUGCUUUCAGGCGCUUCUGGAGGAGAAGACCUGUCUGA